AUGGCUCAAUCCGCUACGUCACUAGACGCGCUAAUCGCUCCAACCUCGAGAGCACAACAGACCACUCUAAACAUCGUAUCACAUCUCUCCUCAGUAUUUUUACCCGACAUUUCAGACAUGGUCGCCAUUCCUCUUCAUCAUGGCGCUCACUGCGAUACCCUCGCGCGUCUCACCGAUGAGAUUCUCGUGUCGAUACUCGAAAUACUCCCCAAGCAUGACCUCUGCAGCGUGUCGCGGCUGAACAAGCGCUAUCAUGCCCUUGCGGAUGCUGUGCUGUAUAAUACGGUUCAGUGGCUUAAACCGGAACUCCAUCUCAUCUUUAGUCAAUCGCUUAAUCGACGGCCAAGGCGCGGAUCUGCUAUUGAGGGGGUUAAGCUGGCUUACCCGGCUUCAGAGUUAACACGUCUCAUCUCCGACACGCUAGAGCCAACCAAUUCCGUGUCGCAUACAAUUUCAACAAUGUCGAAUCUCAAAACUCUCGAUAUCGCUGUACCGGUUGGCCUUCUUCACAGUAUAGGAAAUCUUUUCAACGGACCCUUCGAUCUCGCUUGUCUGCAAUCCUGUACCCUGUUCUACCAGGAUGAGGCCGAUCAGUACUGGGAUCUCCAAGAGAACAUCCACAUCUUUACACACCCAACCCUCGAAACACUGGUCAUCAAGCGAGCAAAACUAGACGACAGAGGCUUCGAGCUAAUCGAGCGUCCGCACAACACAGCGCUCAGCAAACUCCACCUGAUAGAAUGCGACAUCAACGACGACGCGCUCUCAGACGUACUCAUGUUCCCCGAAGCCCUCAAAGAAUUCGUCCUCACCCAAAGAGAAGAGCCCGAGCCCGAGCUGGAAGAAAGCUCAGCCAGCAUCCGCGACUACAUCCUCUCCCUAAAAGAACAAUGCCACUCGUUAGAAACCAUCACCAUCGACUUCCCCAUGCUCGCCAGCGCACGCCCCCUCGCCCUGCGCGAGUUCACCGCGCUAAAAACACUCCGCCUAAACUGGGACUACCAGCUUUUUGGAAAGACUACAAAGAAGCCACGGCUGCACUCUGUUGGACUACCGCCUGAACUAGAAACAUUAGAGUUUUUUAAUCCGUUGGGUACGGAUGAAGAAGUUACGGAUCUGUUUGUUAGUGCUAUUGAGAAUAUGCAUUUUAGUUGUAGGAAAUUGAAGGAGUUGAUUGUUUUGGUUGAUGAGGAUCCGGUUCCGAAGGAGAUUGUGGACGCGGUUAAGAAACAGGAGCAGUUGUUUUUGAAUGUCAUUGGAGGGGAUUUAGACGAUGAAGAAGAAUAG